AUGCCCGGGUCCGGGUCCGGGAGCCCCUCACGAGGGAGCCCCUCCCGGUCCCAACGGAGGCCGCUGCACGAGCGCUCCAAGUCACAGUCCAAUUCUCUUGCCAUUCGCGUUGUCCCCUACAGCCCUCCUCGACCAAGCCACAAGAAUCGCGACUCUACCGCUUCGGCCACCUCAUCACGCACUCCAACGUCAACAACAGCAUUGCUGUCGCCGAACACCUCCGAACUUGGCCACCGAAACUCCUCCAGAAUCGAUGAUCGCUCCACAUCCGCCAGCCGUGCUAGCGACCGCUAUUCCUCUCAUCGGCGCUCUUAUUCCUCCGGUACGCUGACGUCUGUACUGUCGCCAGCGUCUUCAACCUUCCCAUUGGUCGCAGCCAAGGACCGCGGUGUUUCAGGCUCGAAACUGCGAUCUGACUCUUGGACAGGAGGCCCGUCCUCUCCUUCUACCCCUGUUCCCACUACUCCGCCUCAUCUGACCGAUAAUUCCCGCGUUAAUGCACGAUCCCGGUCGUCACAGUACAAUACCGACGAUGAACCUGUCACCCCUUCGGCGAAGCGCCCCUUGUCUCGUCGCCGCAAUCUUAUCACAAUCAACGCAGAUGGGAAGACUUUUUCUCUUCUACCCCAGAAAGGACAGCAGAACAGGAACUCGGGUGACCCGGGCUCGUCCAAAGCACCCACAUUGUCACUUUCCUCUACAGCCUCGCCAGAGCGCUUCUCAUCAGACGCCUCACACAUCAGCGAAAACCAUCCCAGCUCUACCACCGUGACUCCGGACCGAAGCUUUUCAGCUACACUAACCCCAGCAUCCUCGACCACGCAAUUAGCUGGAGAUCAUAUUGCCAGCACCGUCGCCUCCAAUUCGUCCCCCUGGAAUUACCGCAUGGUUGGCGGCCUACGCAAGGUUCUCAAUACUCCUGAUCUCAAGCAAAAGGGAAAAUCAACUCUUCUGUACCCUGAAGCCAACCAAGCCCCAUCCGCCCCACCAUCCCCGUCUGAUUCUCGACUCGCGCCGCUGCCGGAGGCGCCAGCCGUCGACCCAUACCCACCCUCGGACCCCCCUGACUUGCAGACCAAGACGUCUUUUCAAUCAUCUGUCACUGCGUCUACAUCGUCGGACAAGACAAAUUACAAAAUUUACAGUUCCAGUUCUCCUCCUCGAGCCGAUACUGAGAGUGUGCUGCCGCCACCAUCGAUAUCCUCCGAUACAACAAAUUACCAAGUAUACAACUCUAGCUCGCCUCCUCGCAUCCCUCAAAGGGACAGUUCGUUGCCGCCACCUGCAUCGAGUCACUCCAACUACGAGAUUCUUGGCCGAUCGUCCCCCCCAGAAACAUCCUCCGCUGAGCGUAGUCCUCCGAAGACUGCAGACAGCAGCGCCGACAGUAACCACAACUAUAUUCUACACGGCGACCCGUCCCCUGCACCCUCUUCUGCGGCUACGGCCCGCCGCCGCCGUGUUCGCCCGGAAUACUCGCAAGAAAGCCUCUUCAACUCGGCAUCUAUUCCUACAUGGGCUAAGUUCUACUAUGGAAGUGGGGAACGAAAGUUUCUGGCGAGCUCUUCGGGCUCCAUCAUAACCGAUCCGAACGACAGUCGACCUCCCAGCUCGUACCAGAGUCGAUCGCCAAGUGCGGAACACCUUCCGCUGAGUAUUUACAGCCCCCGAAGACGGCCCCGGGAAGUCAAUCCCCUGGCUCCCGGUCCAAUGUCGGAUUCCGCUUCCAUGGAAAUCAACCCGAUGCCGCUAGACAGCCAGCUUCGACCUGGUGUACGCAAAAAGACAUCGAGCAUUUGGUCGCCGCAUUUACGCCGUGACCAAAGGGCCAGCCGUUACAGCAUUUGGGAGCCACCUUCCAUGACAUGGUCCACCGAGAAUAGUCUACUUGGCAAGCGAAAUAUGCAAGUCGUGCUCUUUGCCCUCGGGUUCAUUCUUCCAUUUGCUUGGAUGAUUGCCGCCUUUUUGCCCCUUCCUCCUGACCCGCACGCUGAAAUGGAGGAGCGCGAUCACCGAUCAAGUCUCUUAGAUGAGGAAGGGGAUCUUCCUCGACGCAUCGCGGCCAUCGAUGAGACUUUGUUCCAAAGCGCCAGGUGGUGGCGCGCCCUCAAUCGCUACAUGUCCGUUAUUGGCCUCCUCGUCGUAGGUGCCAUUGUAGCUCUCGUCGUUGUCGGCGUCAAGCAGGGAUGGGGACAAAUCGCGUAG